AUGAGUUCAGGCCAUCUAGCAGCAAUAAUAGGAGGUAGGCUCUUGCUGCCCGCUGCUGCUGCUGCUGCUGCUGCUGCAUCAGCAGCGCGUCCUAGCUGGAGAAGCAGCGGAGACAGUCUGUACACCUCAGCUUCAGAGGGCUCAGCAGCAGCAGCAGCAGCAGCAGCAGCAGAACAUCAUCGUUUUAGAGGCACGUCUGGCAGCAGCAGCAUCUCAGACAGCUGCAGCAGCAGCAGCAGCAACAGCGACAGCAGCAGCAGCAACAGCAGCAGGUACAGCAGCGACUCCAACAGCAGCGACACAGACUGCAGCGGCGAUCCCCACAGCAGCAGGAGCUGCUGCAGCAAUAGCAGGAAGGCCGUGAUUCUUCAGCAGCAGCAAAAGCAGCAGCAGCAGCAGCAGCAACGUAGACUGUGCGUCCCUCGCCUCGAUCUCCUCAAUCUCCCGCUGCCCACUGCCUACACGGAUCUUCAAGGCCCGCCAACGCCAGCGCUUGAAGAUGAACUGCAGCCUCCGUGCAUGCAGCAGCAGCAACAACAGCAGCCGCAGCAGCAACUGCAGCAGCAGCAGUUGGAGCAGCAGCAUCUACAACAGCCGCAGCAGCAGCAGCCGCAACAACCAAUGCAGCAGCAGCCGGAUGGAGCUGCUUAUAACUUCGAAUGCAGAGAAUUUGAAGCGCCUAAAGUGCAUGCAGCAGCAGCAGAAGCAGCAACAAGUGCAACAGCAGCAGCAGCAGCAGCAAUUGAAGCAGCAUCAGGACCAGCAUCAACACCAGCAGCAAGAGCAGCAGCAGACAAUGAGGUAGCAUGCGUAGCAGCAGAGCAGCCCGACAACCAAGGAACAGCAGCAGCAGCAGCAGCACCAGCAACAGCAGCACCAGCAACGCCAGCAGCAGCAGCAGCAGCAGCAGCAGCAGCAGGUGGCAGUCCUCGCUCUCCUGAAUCUGCAACGCACACUUCGCUUACGGGCGUAGAGAGCGAUAGCAGCAGAAACGAGGCAUCUGCUGCUGCAGCUGCCGCAGCAGCCAGAAGCGGAGCAGCAGCAGCACCUGCUACCUCUCUUGCAGGACCAGCAGCAGGAGCAGCAUCAGGAGCAGCUGCGGCUGCUGCUGCAGCUGCUGCUGGCGCAAGAACUGCUGGACUGCGGGUGUUAUCACCGACAAGGCUCUCGCCAUCUGCUGCUGCUGCUGCUGCUGCUGAGUGCAGCUGCGUGCCCGCCAGGAGCAGCAGAACGUGUCUAACAGCAGCAGCAGCAGGAAAACAGAAGCGGCAGCAGCUAACGGGGUUUGCGUGGAGCCCACAGCUGCAGCAGAAGCUGCUGCUGCUUACAGCACUGGUAACCCCUCGCCAUCGACGUGCUGAGUUGCUGCAGCUGCAGCAGCAGCAACAGCAGCAGCAGCAGCAACAGCAGUAUGGGGGAACUCGCCGCAGCUGGACUGCCGGCAGCAAGUCGCAGCACGAAGUGGCUGCACACCCAAUCAUACCCCACAGCAGCAGCAGCAGCAGCAGCAGCAGCAGCAGCAACUGCUGGGUUGUGGCUCCCUUUGCUGCAGCAGGGGCUGUCUCCUCCGCCGCUCCCAUUGAAUGCUGGACCCGCAGGCAGCAGCAGCAGCAACAGCAACAGCAGCUGCUGCUGCAGGGUGAAGUGUACCCGCAUCAGCUGCAGCAGUUGCAGCAGCUGCAGAUGCAGCAGCAGCAGCUGCAGAUGCAGCAGCAGCAGCUGAUGCUGCAACAGCAGCAGCUGCAGCAACAGUUGUAUCCUUCGCAUGCAAAAGUUCACAAACGGCAGCAGCAACUUCUACAGAUGCUGCAACCGCCUCGGCGCAAGAGUCUUCUUAAUUUGAAUCAGCAGCAGCAGCAGCAGCAGCAGCAGGAGGGAGGCACUGCAGCAGUAGCAGCAGCACAAGCAGCAGCGGCAGCAGCAGCAGCUGACUCCGCUGUUCGCCGUCAUGCAGUUGUGCCUCGUUUAGAUUUGUCUGCUGUCUAUCUGGCUGGAAGCCGCAUGCGUUUUGCAGCAAGCAGCAGCAGCAACGCUGCAGCAGCAGCAGCCCCACCAGCAACAUCAGCAGCAGCAACGCCAACAGCGCCAGCAGCAGCAGCAGCAGCAGCUGGCGAGGAUGCCUUAGCUGCUCAUGCUGCUACUAGUAGCACUUGCAGCUGCGGAAGCAGCCACACACGUCGAGCCCAGCAGCAGCAGCAGCAACAGAAGCAGCAGCAGAAUAAGCAGCAGCAGCAGCAGCAGCAGCAGCAGGACCACAUCGAGUGCAUACCUCACGAAUUGGGGCCUCCGUCAGAAGAUGCAGCAGACACUGCCGCAAAUCGAGGGGGCGGGGAUAUCUUAUCUGCAGCAGCAGCAGCAGCUGCAGCAGCACCAGGUGCAGCAGCAGCAGCAGAAACAGCAAGAGCAGCAGCAACAGCAGCAGAAAGCCCCUCUGCCUGCACUUGUUGGCUUCACUUUGACCACCCUCUACUCCUCGUAUGGCGGUUAUUUGAUAAUCUGCAGCAAGUGCUGCAGCAGCAGCAGCAACAGCAGCAGCAGCAGCAGGAUCGUGCUCGGCUGCAUCGCAUGCUGCAGCAGCAGCAGCAGCAGCAGCAGCAAGCAGCAGCACCGUGGCAAGUUCCGUGGGUGCCCCAGUCAGUUGUUGCUGCGCUGCUGUGUGCCUGCCCCCAGCAGCGGCGGCAGCAGCAGCAGCAGCAACUGCUGCUGCUGCAGCAGCUGCAUGAAGACGUACAUAUGUAUGCAAUGCUUGCUGCUCUUGUUGUCUCUUUGCUGCUGGGCGGGGGCCCUCAGGAGCUGAAUGAUAUAUCAGAAGCAGCAGCAGAAACCCGCAGUGCAGCAGGAGCAGCAGCAACAACAACAGCAGCAGCAACGGCAGCAGCAAGUGGAGCCUUUGCUGCUAACAAGAGCAACGCAGAGUCGGAAUGCAUGCAGCUGCUGCUCUUUGCUGCUUCGCCGCUGCUGCAGCUGCAGCCAUCGGCUAUUCAGUGUCUCUGUUGCAGCAGCAGCAGCAGCAGCAGCACCAGCAGCAGCAGCAGCAGCAGCGGGAGGACUUCAUGGUGCGGCCUUGUCAGCAGCGGCCGCAGCAGCAGCAGCACCAAGCGCAGCAACGGUCGGGCGAUAGCUGAUACCCUAAUCCCUCGUCUGCAGCAAUACUUGAGCUGCAGCAGCUGCAGCAGCAGCAGCAGCAGCAGCAGCAGCAGCAGGUUCAUCUGGCUGCUGCUGCGGCUGUGCCAGCUGCUGCUGGGUCCCCCCGGCUGUCUCCUUUUGAAGCUGCUCGUCUCUUCGUUUUCUUCUGUAGACAUUUUUCGCAAAGACGAGCCCAUUGGAAGAGGUGCUUUCGGGCAGGUGUAUAGCGGGAGCUGCCUAUACACCCCACGGCUGUUGGCAAUAAAAGAAAUUCUAACCCCACAGGAUGAACGCGCUAGCAUAGUGCUGAAUGAUUUAUACGAGGAGGUUUUUGCUCUCGAUGUAUUUCGAGGAAGUGCUGCAGCAGUUUGCGUUAUAUACGACUUCGGGUUAGCUGCAGCAGAUGGUUGUCUCUCUUACUUUAUUUUAAUGAAACAAUAUCAGCAUUCUCUUGCUGCUUGGAGACGAAACUGGGCUGCUGCUGCUGCUGCUGCUGCUGCUGCGGCAGCUGGGGCGGGUGGGACGGCCGGUGGAGCGGCGCAACUGCAGCAACAGGAAGAGCAGCAGCAGCAGCAGCAACAACAGCACCAGCAGCAGCAGCAGCAGCAGCAGCAGCAGCAGUUGUUGUUUAUGCCAGCUGUAGCAUUAGCAGAUUUCGGGGAGGCGCGGCUGCUGCGAGGACAGCAGGAGCUGCCGAGACACCCCAGAGGGACAGAAGUAAAUAAAAGCCCUGAGAUGCUGCUGCUGCAGCCCCAUCAGCAGCAGCAGCAGCAGCAGCAGCACCAUUCAGCAGCAGCAGCAGCAGGAGAGGAAAGAAGUGCAUGCCUUUGCAGCCCUCCUCUGUCUUUGUCUGGCAGAAGAGUUGCGUCUCUAUCAGCAGAAGCAGCAACAACAGCAGCAGCAGCAGCAACAGCAGCAGCAGCAGCAGCAGCAGAUGGAGGCAGCAGCAGCUUGUGUUUUGGUGCUGCAUGCGACAUCUGGUGCUUAGGGUGUUUGUUUUUUGAGUUAUUAACGGGAGAGAUGUUAUUUGCUGCUGAUGCUGCAGUGUAUAGACGGCUGCGGGGUCUAGACCCACUGCUAAGCAGCAGGAAGCAGCAGCUGCUGCUAAGCAACAGAUAUCUUAUCAGCUUCCUGCUGCUGCUGCUGCAGCUACAGCCGGAUAAAAGACCUACUGCUGCUGAAGUGCUGCCUCUCUUCAGGUGUAUGUACACCGCAGUGCUGCAGGACUUAGCAGCAAACAGAAACUUUAAUAAAGCUGCAUGUGCUACCCUCUAUAUGAAUGAUAAUAAUGCUGCUGCUGCUGCUGCUUCUCAUGCUGCUGCUGCUGCUUCCUCUCCGUCCUUUUCUUCUUCUGCUGCUUCUCCUGCUGCUGCUCCUGAAGCCAGGGGCUCCUGUUUGCUGCUGCCGCCAGACUCGCAGCAGCAGCAGCAGCAGCAGCCUAAGCUCCUGUCUCCUGCACGGCUGCACCAGCAGCAGCAACAACAGCAGCAAGAGCAACAGAAACAAGAGCAGCACCACCAGCAGCAACAAAAGCAGCACCACAAGCAGCAGCAGCAGCGACGCCGCAGCAGCACAACCCCUGCGCUGGUAGCAGCAGCAACAGCUGAAACAGCAACGGCAGCAAAACCAGCAGCAGCGGAAGCAGCAACAGUAGGAGGAGCAGCACCAGGAACAGCUGCGGCAGCUGAAGCAGCACCAUCACGAGCAGCAGCAGCAGCAACAACAACAGCAGCGGCCGCCAAGCCAGCAGCAGGAAUGGAAGCGACAGCAGCAGCAGAAGCAGUUGCAGCAACAGCAGCAGACAUAGCAGCGGCAACAGAAUCAGCAGCAGCAGCAGAAACAGCAGCAGAUGCAGAAGCAGCAGAAGAAGCAGCAGAAGCAGCAGCAGCACCAGCAGCAGCAGCGGAUGAGGAGACAGCUUCAGCCUCGGGUAUGGGCGCGGAGUGCGGGGACCCGCUGCUGGUGCUUUCAGCAGCAGCAGCAGCAGCAGCGCAACGGCAGCAGCACCACCACCAACGGCUGCAGCAGCAGCAGCAAAUAGAUGUAAGCCCGCCUGUGCAAAUCAUGAAAGAGCUGUUCUUCUGCUGCGCUGGCGGCGCUCCAGGAGCAGCAGCAGCAGCAGCAGUAGCAGCAGAAGCAGAAGCAGCAGCAGCAGCAGCAGCAGUUGAUGGGCAUUAUCUACAGGCCCCUCAUUCCUUUCGCUGCAGCAGCGGACGCUUCACUCACGUGGUAGACUUCAGGGAGCAGCAACAGCAGCAACAGCAACAGCAGCAGCAGCAGCAGCAGUUGGGGUUGAGUGCAGCAGCUGCAUAUUCCCAGUCACUACCGCAGGUGCUUGUUUACAGCGAGUUUGUUGCUGCUGCUGAAAGCAACAGCAGCAGCAGCAACAGCAGCGACAGCAGCAGCAACGAGCUGGAGGCCUUGUCUCCUGCUGCUCGCUCCUUCGCACUCUUCUUGCCGCUGCUGGGAGACCUUUUGAGGUUUGCUGUUGCUGCUGCUGCGUCUCCUCAGGUGCAUGCAAUAAGAGGUGCAGCAGCAGCAGCAAUUCUUUCUCUUGUCAUAGAGGGGUGUGGGGUAGGUUUGCUGCAGGCAUGCGGCCUCCUCAGCAGCAGCUGUCUCCUUUGUCUCUGCUCAUCUGAUCUGUUGCUGCUGCUGCAGCAGCUAGCAGCAGCAAACCGCAAAAGACGCUUGGCAGCAGCAGACACAGUAGUGCUUCAGGAGCUUCAGCAGCAACACCAGCAGCAGCAGCAGCAGCAGCAGCAGCAGCAGCAGCAACAGCAAGAACAGCAGCAGCAGCAACAGCAGCAAGCACGCCAUGCCGACCCUCCACUUCGCAUUGCCUGUCUCUGCGGCUGCUGCACCUUUUACCUCCCCUCUGAAUAUAUGAACAGCAGCAGCAGCAGCUGCUGCUGCUGCUGCAGCAACGGCAGCAGCAACAGCAACAGCAACAGCACAAACAGCAACGCCACCAGCAGCAACAACAGCAGCAGCUGCUGCACAACCAGCAGCAGCAACAACAACAAAAAUAGCAGCAGCAGCAGAAACAAUCGCAGGAGAAACCGCAACAACAACAACAGCAAAAACAGCGUCAGGAGCAACAGAAGCAGCAGCAACAGCAGCAGCAGCACCAGCACCAACUGCGCCAGCAGCAACAGCAACUUAGCUGCAACUAUUCCCUCACCUGCUUGGGGGAUGCGCGGCAGCAGCAGCAGCAGCAACAACAACGUCUGCUGCUGCAGCAACUGCAGCAAUCCCAAUAGGAGGCAGGCACAAUGGUCACAGCAGCAACAGCAGCAGCAGCAGCAGCACGCGGACUUAGCUAAUCAUGUAGACGUCUGCGCUUCCACAGCCGCAGCAGCAGCACCAACGGGAGCAGCAGCAGCAGCAGGCACAGCAGCAGCAGCAGCAGCAGAAUCUGCCGUUGCAUGGGAGGCGCGCAUCGUUGAAUGCUGCUGCCGGCCAGACAAUUCCCUCAGCAGCAGCAACAGCAGCAGCAGCAGCAGCAGCAGCAGCAACAGCAGCAACAGCAACAGCAGCAGCAGGGGGAAGAAGAAAUGCUGCUGCUGCCUGCUGCAGAGUCAGUGCUUGGGGUAUAUAUCUUUGCUGCGGAGAUCACACAAUAUUCAUCUGAAUAAACUGCAGUGGCUGCUGCUAUCUCCCCAGCGAACAACAGCAACAGCAGCAGCAGCAGCAGCAGCAGCAGCAGCAGCAGCAAGCGAAGCAGCAGCAGCACCAGCAGCACCAGCAGCACCAGCAGCAGCAAGGGUAAGAAGCGGAAGGAGAACACCAGAAGCUGUAGCGGUACCUGAGCAGCAGCAGCAGCAGCGACACCAAUCUCAGCAGCAACAACAACAGCAGCAGCAGCAACAGCAGAAGCAGCAACAGCAGCAGCAGCUGCAGCAGCUGCUUUACCGCAUUACAAAGGGCAACAGCACACUUAUGUCUUUUGGGGUGGCUUCUCAGGGCCCCUUAAAAAACUCUGAAGCUGUGCUGCUGCCGUCUGCAUGCACAGCAGCAGCAGCAGCAACAACAACAGCAGCAGCAACAGGAGAAAUGGAGAAGAGCAGCAGCAGCUGCUGCUCCAGCAGCUGCUGCAGCAGAGAUUGGCAGUUCUUCUGCUGCAAGUGCUGCGGUGUACUGACACAUGCUGUUGCUGCAGAUGCAUGCGGCAUCACCGUCGCUCUCUUCAGCAGCUUCGAACCCAUACAGCCUGCUGCUGCUGCUGAUGCUGCUGCUGCUGAUGCUGCUGCUGAUGCUGCUGCUGAUGAUGAUGGGGAGCAGGGCUUGCGUUGUUGCUCGCGUGUUUGCAUUAGCAACAGAAGCAACAGUCGCAGGCGCAGCAGCAACAGCAGCAGCAACAGCAGCAGCAGCAGCAGCAGCAGCAGCAACAGCAGCAGCAGCACAUCGGGGGGCUUUGCCGCUGAGGCGCGUGGCCUCUCUUCUUCGUAUUUGGGAGAAAUUUGCUUUUUAAAGAAUUCUACGUGUGCAGCAAAUGAAGCAUUUAAUAUAAACAGCAGCAGACUGCAGCAGCAACAGCAGCAGCAGCAGCAGCAGCAACAGCAACAGCAGCAAGAGAUUUUGCCGCUGGACCACGCCCUGCAGCAGAAGCUGCCGGGGACAUCUUUAGCUGCUAUUCUCUUUCCGAAGCAAAUGCAGCAGCAGCAGCAGCAAAUCAACAAAGACAAACAAUCCACAUAA